AUGGCCAGUCAACCGUUCGCCAUCGUGGCAAAUUCGCCUCAAAUGGCUUUGUUGGCUGACAACGAUGUAGGAGAUAAUUCGGCAGGACCACACUAUCCGAUUGUCGUUCCGCCGGAAGAAACCAACGUCGCGAAUCCAUCGUCACCGGCGGAACCGUCAGCGAAAACAAUUGGCGGGUUGUCUCCUCACUCCGCUUUCAGCCACGGUCAGAAUUACGUGUAUCCUUCGACCUCCGCGAGCAGUCCUGGUGCCUCGGGUCUUGAUAAUAUUAUGCUCAGUCAGUCACAGACUGCGGAUGGAUCAGCGCUCGAGAAUAAAACAGCGUCUUCGGCGGAGCUUAAAACUCCUGCUGACUAUGCCUUGAACAUUUUGUACAGGCAAUUUUACAAACAAGCUGACAAAAAAUUGAUUCAAAUUAUGAACUAUAGCGCGGAUUGUGAACCAAACUUUUGCGUUCACAUUGGACCCGGGGUUGACCCGACGUUUGAUAAAAUUAUCAAUUCUUUGGGAUAUAUUGCCAGACACAAGCCUAGGACUGUGAUUAGUUUGGUGUUGAGCUGGAGGAAGGAGAAACAAGAAUCGAAACAUGAGGGUCCAGAGACUUCAUUUCACAAGCGUCACUUGAGCGAUACCGUCUUGGUGAGCAGAAACAAGGAAGUAGAUGAAAUCUAUAAGGAACGAAAAAAGCAAGUAACAUAUUACAUCGUAUCACGGGCACUCGUCGAAAUCGUUAAACAAUUGCAACCCGACACCCUCAGAGAGGACGUAGGAAAACAAAUGGAAGAGCUUGUGUUCAAACUUAUAUUUGAACUAAGGCCUGAGGAUGUGAAUAGAUCGAAACACGUUAGGGCAGUUUACGAGUUGUAUUCGGAACUCAUCGGUGGGUUAUCAAAAGUACGUUUCGUGUCCGUUUCCGAUCGAUUCAUCGCGAAACUGGAAGGGUUCACGAAAUUACUACCGGGUGCGAUGAAAGAACAAGAAUCCAAGAUCGAAUUAUUAAUCAAGGGGAUGCAUCAUCUUCAACUAAAGAUUUAUCCUAUAGAGGCGUUAGAGGAAACAGCCGAUUUCCUACAGAGUUUGGCGAAUUUCUUGAGACUCGCUCACGGGGUGCGAAUAAAACAUACCUAUGCAGACCUAUUUGUCAGAUUGUUGAUGCCAAUCGCGGGGGUAGCGGUCGCAGAAGUGAACUUUCCUGCCUGGGUGAAGGCCGUCGAGAUCUUAUACCCAAAAGCCUGGAAAAUGACUUUAAAGCAAAGAAAUUGGAGUGUCGCAUAUCCUCUCGCCACAACAUUGUUAUGCGUCAGUCAACGCGAGUUCUUCUUGGCUCGCUGGACAGAAUGCCUCUACGCAUGCACUCAAAAAUUCAAGGAUAAGUCUUUAAAGCAGAUGGGCAUGGGAUGCGUGAUACGCCUUUUAUGGACAUUCCUUUAUCGAUGCUCCGAAAGCACAAACACGACAUACAAGAAACUUGAUGACAUAAUUAAAACCAUAUUUCCCGCGAACAGAAAGUCGGUGACGUCAGAUGUUCAGAUAGACCUGUUUGUGCAGUUUGUGCAAUUUAUCGGAUUACGUCAUCACGACUAUUGCAUGAAGAAUCUUGUCUUCAUGUUGAUGAACUCGGACAAUUUAUCGGCAGUUUCGCCAACAUCCACAUCACUGGACUACAUUGCGCCUGAAAGGAUGAGGAUUGGAAUGAGAUCUUUUAUGCUAUUGUUAACCAGCAUGCAAGCUUCCGAAUUACGCCCAACUUUCCCUAGUGAUCCCGAUCUAAUCUCGGCAAAGAAUAAUCUCGGAAUACGAAUAUCCCCUGACGUUCUCUCUGACGACAUCUUCAAUCAAGCCGGGUUAAAGGAAAAUGUUGAAAAGUUUUGUGAUUUGGCAUAUAGAAUAAUGUACAUAUUGGAUCAUCAUUUCGGUCAUUUGACCGUGCUGGAAGAGAAAUUUUUGACAAGCAAAACUUCCUACACCCCAUCUGCACUGUCCGCGGGAGCCGUGGGUGACAACAUGGUCUUCUACAGUUACAACACAAUGUUUAUCUCUUAUUCCAGAGAUAGACAACCGUACUUUAAUCUGAUGCGAGAGUAUGUGGACUCACUUCCAAGACUACUUCCGAAUAAGCCCAUCAGAACUCGUAUCGUAGAAUUACUGUGUCGGUACACCGUACACGUUGAUUUAGAACUCGCGCGCUCGGCGACAGCAGCAUUGACUCGCAUAGCCCUGCAAUGUGGUGCUGAGACUGUUAUAAUGAGUUUUUCCCACUUCGUUCACCGUAUCGAAGAUAAAUAUUCCGACAUACUUAUUGGCGUGGGCACUGAAAGAGAGGUAAAAUUUAAGGGAAUAUUGAGGCAGUACUAUGAUCUCCUGAAACAUUGGCUACAGCAAUUAAGAAACAAAAAACGUGAUGAGGCAACCGAACAACCUGAUGCCACUACGAAUGCGACAACCCCAACGCCUGCAAAAACAACCAACGAAGUCGAAGAUCCGACCAUAUGGUCGAUAAUAGAUGUGACGGAAGCAAAUGGACUGUUGUUUCUUUGCAGUCAAUCGUGCAUAGUUAGGAAAUAUGCGACCCUCAUUCUUCACCUCGUGGCUGAGUUGGAACUCGAGUUUGACGAACGUAAGGAAAAGAAUAAUUCCAUGCGCUCGCGUCGGGGCACCGCGACCAGCGUGGACGGCAAAUUAUCCGAGCUCCCCGUUUCCGAAGUAGAUCCUCCUGUCCCGGAUAAGGAUAACACGGACGGAAGUCGAAAUUCCGAUAAGUCUGCGAAUAUACUGUGUUACUCCGCAGCCGGAACUGAUAAUAACGUUACAUACGCGCGCAUUAUCCACGUGCUUAACCGAGGAGGAGAACUGAUUAAAUUUGACAACAAUCUAAUCAAUUCCUUGUCAAUAUACGAGCACGUGAGGUUACAAAAGCUCCUGCAACAAGGGAAGAAGGAUAUUCUCUUACGACUUGUAGAAAGCGAAAAUCCUGCCGACACGGUUAUUUGGUCUCGAUGUUUUCCGGAAUUUAUUAAAGUCUGUUGUUUCUAUUUCCCGGUGACGGUGGCGUUAUGCCGUAACAACGUUUGCACUCGCAUUGUGCACAUGCAAGCGGCGAUCAACACAGCGUCCGAGGCUCUCUCGCGUGCCCCCACCGCGACACUGUCCAUGCCAAAGUUUCAUUACCCGAAAGUUAGCAUCUCGGCAACAGACGAAAUAAUCGAGCAAUGGAGAUCCUAUCUUAUCGUCGCCUGUUCAACCAUCACGAUGGACGAUGAUUCUGUCGGACGAACUUCGACGCACAGCCGUAAGCGUUCUCAACCGCCACCCCCCGAUCGUAUCACGACCGCCAGGGAUCUAUUUCGAAUAGUGUUACCACUUCUAUCGUCCGAGCAUAAUAUAAUCAGUGAGUCAGUGGUGACGGCAUUAGGGAGCAUCAAUGAGAAUGUUUAUAAAAGCUUGCUCGAAGAAAUGCAACCAUAUUUUAAGUCGGUCACCGAAGAGACCAAAGUCAAACUCAACAAACAACCUUACACCAACAUUCACAAACGUGUCAAGAAAUACGAGAAACUUCGCAUUGAGCUUGCUCAUGUUUAUCAAUUAACCUCCCGCUUUCUAAUUAAAGAUCAAAUAGAUUCCACCAUUCGCGGUUGGGUGAUGACCUUCAUCACGGAAACCUUUAAUUUUCUUCGUGAUUCCGAGAUUUACAUGGAUUGGGAUUAUGUCAGGCUUCGUCAAUACUUUUGUGGCGUCGUCGAGAAAUUUUAUGACGGUUUGAGUUUGAUGAACAAUGAAUCGGAGAUUAGCGCAGAGUGGAGGACAUACAUAUUCCAGCUGAUUGAAGAGUGGUGUGGUCAUGGUAAAAGAGGAUUGCAGUAUCGGGCAAAGGACGUGAACCUGAUUUCAAUUAUGAUUGAUCAUUAUAAAGAUUCGGAGGAGAGACGUCCCCUGACGACGCAAAUGGAAAAUGAGAGGAAAUCUUUGGAAUUCGCGGCUCUCAGCGCGAUGGCCUCAUUAUGCGUGAGCGAACUGAAUAGAGGUCCCUUGACUCUGGAUCCGAAUCCCCCAAAUGCACCGAAAAAGUCAAAGUUACUCGAAGCGGAGAGCGUGUUCGCCUGGAUACAAUCAGUGUUCGAGGAUCCUCAGGACAAGCUGCAUCCCAUUGCGAGGAAAGCUCUGGAGGGACUGCUUAUUUCUAACUCCAAGAUAACAAAUUUUCUUGAAGUCCCCGUUCGGCUUUGUUAUUCAGGAAUACCGUCGUCCAAAAGCACGCAGGGUUACUUUCUUGCCGUUGCCGAAGUUUUCUUCAAAGACACCAAUUACCCUUGCGACAGGACGGCAAAGAUGUUGGCCUUGGCUCUCUUCAAGACCGGAGAUGACGAAUUGGAAGUUCGACGAAAUGCGCUUAAAUUACUGUCCAUCAUCGAGAAAAGACUAUAUGGUGAAAGUUGUACUGACGAAUUUAAUGUUGGAAUCACCAGCCGGCUAUCUUCAAUAUACAAACAGGCGCAAGUCGCACUAUCCGCGCGCCUCGCUCAGAAUACAAGGAAGAGGGAUGAGGAAAGGCGAAAACAAUGUGAGAUUUCGGCAAAUGACCAACCCAAUCCCUAUUUGGAUUUCUGCGAGGAAACGCAUUGGUUCAUUUCGGAAGCCUCCAUGCGUUUCGAAAGUGUCCACGAAAAAAGUAAGAAAGACGUGCUGCGUUACCUAGUACCAUGGUUUAAAAAUGUCGAAUUGCGAUUCACCGAUGAGAGGGAAUUGCAUCCGACCACCUUCGUCAUGAUCUCCAACCUCUUCUUCAUCACGGUCAAGUACGGUGACGUGUUUGUCAAGGACAUCGAGAAACUUUGGCAACAGUUGGUGAUGGGAGAACACGCGCAUAACGUUCACGCUAUGGUGAAAUUUUUGAUCGACGUGGGAUUGGAGAAGAGGAAUCCGAUCUUUGUUUCCCAUGCAAAGCGCGUUCUUGUCUACCUCGGACGCACUCCCACAUGCGCAGCCGUCAUCGAAUCCCUAAUGUCCGAGAUCUCGCCGAAAUCGAUGACCCCUCAGCCUAAAGAAACGCUCGAACGAGAGGAUUUCAAGAAUUGUAAACUGUUUCUCGCAAAAAUCGAGGAAGCCAUGCCACAACAUCACAAACGCCCCGUAUUCUCACCUGGACAGCUGGCCACUCUAUAUAUGGUCGACAUGGCGAUCGAAGCUGGAACCGAUUUUGAAUUUCAUCUUCCACGGUUGCUUCACGUAUUGUUUGUUCAAUUGGAUUCCACCAAUCCACUUAUUAGCGAGGAGACGAAAGCUCUUCUCGUGAACUUGAUUCAUUCGAUCAUCAUCAGUAAAUCCGUGUACCAAGAGAUUGUCAAACUCGGUAAAUCGUUGGUGGCCGAAUUGGAGGCAAAAGAAGACCCGCAACUUUGGGCAUAUGAGGAUAUCACCUACACCAACCGGGACAUCAGGAGUCUGAUUGAUCUGGAGAGGUUGUCUCGAGACGUUGUCACCAUCUUUGGGGCUGCGGUAUACGGCGAAAGCAACCGUGGCGAUCUCAAACAAAGCUGGGGAGAGAUGGCGUUAAAAUGGGCUACUUCGUGUCCCGUUCGACACAUCGCGUGCCGAUCUUUCCAGAUCUUUCGUUCUCUCAAUCCGGUAUUCAACGAACACAUGUUAGCCGACGUACUAGCUCGCCUAUCCAACACCAUAUCCGAUAGUUCCGACGAGAUACAAGGAUUUGCCCUGGAAAUCCUGAUCACACUCAGUUACGUCGUGGAUUGGCUGGAGCCGGGAACCAAGGAGAUCUAUCCGCAAUUAUUAUGGGCCAUAAUCGCGUGCCUUCAAACAACCAACGAGCCGGAAUUCUUGGAGUCACUGGCCAUUCUGGAUAAACUUUUGAAUAAAUUUGACCUUGUCGACGAGGAAAAUCAGACAAUACUCUGGGAAUAUUUUCCGGAACACAAAUGGCAAGGACAAUUCACCGGGAUCCAGCCACUGUUGUUGAAAGGGUUGUGCUCAUCGACGGCAAGUCAGAAAACAUUUGACAUGCUCAAGAGAUUGUUAUUUUUGCAAGACACACAAUUAAUCGACCCAACCCCGGCCCGCUAUUUAUAUCUAAUCCUUGCGAACCUUCCGCGACUUCUUCAUUCGUUGGAGGACGAAUCCAUCCGAGAAGAAUGUGCCGAAUGGGCGAAAUAUUUGUCCGAAAUCUCUGAGCAACAAAAUCUACAUAACCUCUCCCGCAUAUUAAAUUCUUAUAGCAAAGGAAGGUUCCGGGCAAAGGAUGACUUUUUGAAGCAAAUCAUCUUGGUAAUACGAGACAACUACUUCCCUGACUAUGAAGUUCAAACACUAUUGUUCCUCAUGAGUUUACUCUCCAACAAUACACGAUACUUCAAGUUAAAGACAAUGGCCAUUAUCAAGAUGAUGUUGCCGCACAUAGAUACCCAGAGACAAGAGUUCAUAGCGAUAGGAUCCGAGCUGAUAUUACCACUUCUCCGCCUCCUGCAUUCACCAUACUCAAAAGAAGCACUGGAAGUGAUGGACGAGGCGACAUCCAUAACGGUCACGCCAAAAGAUCCAAAGAUUGUACGCAUGAGCAUGGGUUCUCGUCGAGGAAAGGAAAUGGACGGAACGGUGAGCCUGUUCGGUGAGCCGGAUGACAACGGAUGGGCCAUUCCCGACAGGCAAACGGCGAUGGAAACCACUCGAUCAAAUGUACACGCCGUGUGCUUUAUGUGCAAGGUGACGCCUCAGCAUGACGAAGUUCAAUUAUUCGACGAUCCCGGUGACGACGCAUUCAUGGGAUACCGAGAGGAGUCACCCGCCAACGACCACCACCAAUUCAAUGACAUCGUUUCAAAACUUCAAGAUUUGAAUGAUUACUUUCUUCCAAACGAUGAUAGCCUCAGUAGUAGUAAUGGUAGCAUGGGCGGAAGUGCAAUGGGGUACAAGAUACCCAACAUCAUCGAACAACGAUUGGAUGAGUAUUAUGAUUUUGGCGACGGGAUCGGUGGAUCAGGUAAUCUAGAAGAUGAUCCCACGGUGGAAGCAAUCUUGGAGAAGAAUCUAUCGAAAACCAAAUCCACACGAUCUCUUAAAUCACAAGUUGAACCGUACAACAUAAGCGAUAAUAACAUUGACGUCAUCCCGCCGUACCAAUCACCGCCACAAAGGGAGCGCGACGAAACACUCCAGAAUCUAAGUUCAGCGUCAUCAACGGAGGACGAGGACGCGUCUUCGAUCGGUGGCGAUAAUGAAUCGAUGCACUCUGAAGGAAAUAAUAGCUCAUUCAACCUGGAGGGUCUGAUACAAAGACCUAGAGGAUCGAUAAGCGGGUCAUUGCAUGGUCACACAUCUUCGCUGUGA